AUGUCGUUCCUCCUCGACUACGCGACCAGUUCCUCCCUCUUCUCGCCCGACGCGGCACCAGACGUCCUCUACUCAAGCAUCAACCAUUCGCCGGCAGACUCGCCGCAGCUCCAGCUGCCUGAGCGAAUACCACGUGAACCUCAACGGCGAGAAGGAGCGGCCUUGGACCUCAUCUAA